AAAAAAAACUCAGUUUGCCGCCAAAACUAAUAUACUGUGCUUGUCUGUGGAAUUUAAUUACACUUUAUUUGAAAAGUUUUAAGUAUCUCCACAAAAAUGAGAAAUAUAGAAAUAAAAGCACGUAUUACAAACUACGAUAACAUUUGUAAGAUAGCUGAAGAACUUAGCGGUGGCCCACCAACAGUUAUCGUUCAAGACGACACAUUCUACAGAGUAAACAGUGGUCGCUUGAAGAUGAGGUUUUAUGCAGACUCCUCGGCAACGUUGGUUCGCUACGAUCGGGACGACGAAGGAGGACCAAAGCUUAGUGACUACGAUUUGGUUCAAUUCCCCACAGCCGAGAAAGAGAAGGCAAAGCAAUUGGAUGAAAUUUUACGGAAAUGUUUAGGUCCCCGUGGUCGAGUAAUUAAAGAAAGAAAACUCUACAUGGUUGGUCAAACCCGUGUUCACAUAGAUUCCGUUCAAGACCUCGGUCAGUUCAUGGAGCUGGAGGUGGUGCUGAGGCCGGAGCAGACCGUGGACGAGGGGCGUGCCAUCGCUCGCGACCUGCAAACCAAGCUGCAAGUCCAAGACAAGGACUUAAUAGAAUGCGCUUAUGUGGACUUAUUAGAUAAAUAAAUUAAUAUAUUUU